AUGUUUUCCCUCUCAUUCAAGCGUUUGGCUGCCCUCCUCAGCACUCUUGCUGUGAUCACCAGUGCAGUGGCUGUUCCAGUCGCUGAGCCUUCCGAGCAGGUCGAGACACGCGACCUCACUCGUCGCUUGGUGACAAGUGCGCCUCGCUUCGUCGUCUACCAGGAUGCAUGGGUCUCUGGUGAGACUGGCCCUCCCGCCACGUCGUCCGUUACGGGUUACAACGUCUUCGCGAUGAGCUUCUUGUUGGCUUCCGGAAGCGCAGAUCAGGUGACUGAAUGGCAGACCCUCACGGCCGACCAGCGUAGCACCAUCAGGUCUCAGUACAACGCAGCGGGUAUUGCCCUUGUCGCCUCUGCCUUCGGUGGUACUGAGCAGCCCACUAGCUCGGGUUACUCUGCGACGACCCUCGCUACAACCAUGGGACAGUGGGUCUUGGAUUACGAUGUGGACGGUAUCGAUAUCGACUACGAGGACCUUUCUGCCUUCGACGCCGGCACCGGUAGCGCUGAGAACUGGCUUAUCAGCUUCACGCAGACAAUUCGCACACUGCUCCCUCAAGGCCAAUAUAUCGUCACCCACGCUCCUUUGGCUCCGUGGUUUGCUCCGAACGUGUGGGGUGGAGGAGGGUACUUGAAGGUCCACAGCAGCGUCGGCAGUUUGAUUGACUGGUACAAUGUUCAGUUCUACAACCAGGGUGUUUCCGAAUACACCACCUGUUCUGGCCUCUUGACUACGUCUUCGUCGACCUGGCCUGAGACCGCCCUUUUCCAGAUUGUGGCCAAUGGCGUAGAGUCCGACAAGCUUGUCAUUGGCAAGCCCGCUACCACUGCUGAUGCUUCUAAUGGCUACAUCGACCCGUCUACCCUUGCAACUUGUGUUUCUCAGGCCAAGAGCUCCGGCUGGGACGCUGGUGUUAUGGUCUGGCAAUACCCCAAUGCUCCUGCCUCUUGGAUUGCCACCGUCCGUGGCUCCGCCUUCCCAAUCAGCGGUGGCGGUGGUGGUAGCGGCACCACGACCACCACAGCACCCACUACCACUACCACAGGCUCCAGUGGCUCUGGCUGCAGUGGUGCAUCUGCCUGGAGUUCCUCCGUCGCAUACGUCGGUGGCUCCGAAGUUUCUUACAACGGGCAUCUCUGGACCGCCCAAUGGUGGACUGAGGCCGACACUCCCGGUGAGCGCUCUUCGCGUCUUCUCGUGUCUAAAUCAAUGCUGACUUUCGUGUACAUCAAUAGGUGGAGCUGCUGGUGUCUGGGUCGAUGA